AUGGACUAUGUUUUGGAUGGUGUAGAAUUUUCUUUUCUUUACACUGUAAAGCAAGGUGGAGUCCCAUCUCAUGAUAAAGACAUUAGCCUAUUUUCUCUUGAUGUUCCACAUAACCUGGCGAUAGCGGCAAAAGAGGCUCAGUCCUUCGAACCUGCUCCCUUCCCUUCCAUAACCUUGGAACCUCAGUCCCUGAGGGAAAAGUCAUUUGAAGAUUGGAGCAAAUGUGAGUGGCAGGGAAUAGGUGUCUUAUUUCAAGACAAACCAAUGGGCUAA